AUGGGGUUCGUAGUUGGAGUUUCUGGCGUCCUGAUUCUCUCCUACGCCGCUUACUGGACAAUAGGCCAGUAUAGGGGGUUCUGGGAGAUCACGGAGGAAGAGUUUUCCAGACCGCCGAUGAACGUUGUUCUGGAGUUGAUCAUUGGACUGGCUCUGUGUAUGUGGCCUCCUUUGACUUUCCUUGUGAAACUUCUCUCAAGGUAA